CAAGCCGCUCUGGCCCCAGUACCCUCGCGGAGCCGCGGGGCCCCCCCAGAGCCGGGGCCCCCAGGCGGCGCGCGUCGCUGCCCUACCUUCACACGCCUGAGCUCGUACCCCUGUCCCUGUGCUCGGCAUCGCCUUAUCUCGAUGCCGAUCUCAGGGGUGCCCUCAGCUUCUGAGGGCGCACCCCUGAGAUUGUCAUCGCCAUGUGGCUUGCCAAGGGAUCACUUCGAGGCUGGUUCUCAUAGAUGGCCGGGGCCGUGCCCGCGCCGGUGCGGCUGCCAGAGGCCCUGACACCGAGGCGCCCACAGCUGGCGGCGUUGCCAGGGCGCUGGCGGACCGGGGGCAGCUCCCCGGGCAGGUCCGCCAAGCUGGCGCUGGACUGGCGCUGGCCCGCAGCUGGCGCCGAGGAGGAGGGGCCGCCGCCGCCGCCGGGCGGCGCGCGGCGCCCCGCCCCCGGCGGCUCCCAGUCCGCGCGGGCCGCCGCGCUGCUGCGGACCCGCGGGGGCGAGGGGCCCGGCCUCAGCGGCCCGGCGGCCGCGCCUGGGGCCUCCAGCGGCCUCGCCGGGGAGGCGCGAGGCCGGGACGCCGGCGGCGCCGGCGGGGGCGGCCCGGCGCCCUUCUCCAGAGGGGAGUGGGUGGUGGACGUUUGCUCCGGCCGCCGGGCGUGCGCCCUGGGGACCACCAAGACGCACUGCAAGGUGAUCUUCGAGAGCGAAGAGAAGUAUCCCCUGGAGGUCGUCAGGGAGGGCAGGAUCGACAUCGUGCCCCUGGCGCAGCUCUGCGCCUGGUCGCCCCGCUGGGAGGGCCUGGACGGCGAGCCGGCGGCGCACCCGAGCCUCAAGGGCGCCACGGUGGCCGGCGGGCUGCCGCACCUGGACCUGGCCUGCACCGCGGCGCCCCAGAAGCUGCAGAUCUGGCGCCCAUCGAGGCCGCGAGGCACUCCGCGUCGCUGUCCUGCCGCGGCUCCGCGCGGGCGCUCGGCGGUGCCUCGCCGCGGCCGUUCCGCCUGUCCGAGGACGAGGAGCUGCUCGCCAACUUCCGGCGGCUCCUGGCCGCCAGCUGCGGCGGGUCGCUGCUGCUCGGCUGGUGCACCGUGCUGGACAGCAGGCGCGCGGGCCGCGUCGCCUUCCAGGACAUGGUGCGAGCGGGCCGCUCGCUCGGCUUCGCCGGCAACUACACCAGGCUCUGGGAGCUCCUCGGCGGCGCCGGCGCGGGCGCCGCCGCCGCCUCGAGCAGCACCGCCCUCAGUCUUGGCAUCCCAUGAGCAUGAGAAGCCAGCCGUCGAGCCUCGCCCCCAAGUACCACGGCGAGGACGGCCGGCACAUCGGGCUGGAGGCCUUGGACGCGGAGGCGGCGGAGGUGCUGGCAAGGUUCCGGGGGCUGCUGAGGGUGCGCCGCCUCAGCCCGGAGGAGAGCUGUGGGAGCGGCACCUGGACACGCGGCGCUGCGGCAGGUGCCCGCUGCCGGACUUCGUCGAGGGCAUGCAGCAGGUCGGCUGGGAGGAGGGCCGCUCGGCGGCGCUGUUCCGCCUGCUGGACGCUGGCAGAGUCGGCGACGUGUUCCUGCAGCAGCUCGUGCCCCUGGUGCCCAAGCACCGCGCCCGCCGCGAGGACAACUGGAGCCACCUGCGCCACGACAACGUGCUGCUGGGAACGCCCGUCAGCCACCGGGAGAGGCGGAAAACCAAGCAGACGGAGGUCGAACAAAAGAUUUUGGCCGACUUCUCGUCCUACCUCGUGAGCCAGUUCGGCAGCGUCGUCCGCGCUUGGCGGAAAUCCCUGGACUUUGACGGAGACGGCCGCCUCCGUUUCCAGGAGUUCGUCGCCGGCUGCAAGCUGGCGGGCUACCGAGGCCAGCUGAAGACGCUCUGGAACGCGCUCGACUUCCAGAGGAAAGGCUUCGUCGAGCUCAUCGACCUGGACCAGGAGGCGGGGCAGAGGCUGGACGACUUCCGCGACUUCUUGGAGGAGAGUUACCGGACGCUCGAGGACGUGUGGGAGCGCGUCUUCGACUGCCACGGUUCUGGCAGGUGCCUUCAGGAUCAGUUUGUCGCCGGCUGCGCGCGUGUCGGCUGGCGGGGCAACGCGCUGCAGAUGUUCCGCUGGCUGGACCUGAGCGGCGGCAAGGACCUCACAAUGGACGAGAUGACCUUCAUCGGCAUGAGGCGGCGCAAGGAGACCAUGAUCACCGAGAGGAUCCUCGAGCGGCAGGCAAGGGACGCCGAGCAGGCGGGCGCCAUGCUGCAGAAGUUCAGGGGCCACCUGGAGAAGCUCUGUGGCAACCUCGUGCACGCCUGGCGGCUGUACCUCGACCCAGACGGCGACGACAGGCUGCAGUUCACAGAAUUCUGCAUGAGGUGCCGCGAGCUGGGCUUCCAGGGGAACCUCAAGGCGCUGUGGCUGUCGCUGGACCAGGACGACACUGGGUACGUUUCGCUCGAGGAGCUCAACCCUGAGGCGACGGUGCUGCUCAACGACUUCCGCGAAGUCCUGCAGAUCUAUUUCGACAGCCGCAGCAAGGCGUGGUCGGAGUUGCUCGAUGCUGAUGGGUCGGGGCGCUGCUCCUUGCAGGAGUUCCUAUUGGCUUGUGAGCAGCUUGGCUUCGACGAGGCCAAAGGGGAGCGGGUGUUCGAUUACUUGGACAGCCGGGCAGAUCACAGGACGGAACCCUUCUUCGAGAUAAUGGACUUGGAGUUCGUGUGGAAAGAGGAGGUGGCCCAUCACGACAUCACUCAGGACCGAUCGUCGCUGAAGAACAGGGCCUACACCAGGUCGGGGAAGAACUUGGCGGAACAGGGGGCGAGGGCGUUCGCCGCCUUCGAGAACUUCCUGCGCCACGAGUUCUGCGGGGACGUGGUCCACGGCUGGCGCAAGGGCUUCUGCCGCGGACCCCGGGAGCUGCAGUGGUCCGAGCGCGUGACGGCGGAGGCCUUCUGCCAGAGGUGCCGCACCCUCGGCUUCCAGGACAACUAUUUGGCCCUCUGGAACCACCUGCUGUCGCGGAAGGUGGACUGUUCAGCGGACGCGAAUGCGACGGAAUCCUUCGUUGCGGCCACUUUGCCAAGGAGAAGUUACAACAUCGCAAGCGUCACCAUGGCCUCCAUCGCGCCAGAGGUGCACGAGGAGCUCUUGGCGUUCCGCGCCCACUGUCGCUGGAAGUUCGGUGCCAGCGCGGACUCGGCGUGGCGAGCUCUGCUCAAGGAGUGCCUGAAGAGCCCCGAGGAGAAGAGGCUGCGCAAAGUGGAGUUUGUGCAGGCCGCGCGGAAUAUCGGCUUCCAAGGCGACGGGGACGCGGUGUUCGCGGCGUGUGACAUGGACCAGGAGCACACCGUUUGCUUCAAGGAGUUCGAGUUCCUGCAGGUCGGCGAGAUCGGCAGGGACCCGGCGUCCCGGCGCAGGCGCAGCAGCUUGAUCGUGCGCUCCGAGAGGCAGUCGCUCGACGCGAUCCUCAGCGUGGUCUUCCCCGACCCGCGCCCGCGCAGCCGGGGCAGCUCCACCGAGAGGUGCUUUUGGUGGUUAUGGUUCGCUGUCUUCGUGCAGUGUUUCAAGUUGGCGCAGAAGUACCUGGUGUGCCCCCGCGCCAAGUGCCGCGGGUGGGAAUGGGCGCCUGCCAAGGCUUGCUCGCAGUGCGGCUCGCACCUCCAGCAGACCCAGUCGCUGCACGACCAAGUGCAGAUCACCAAGCAGAAAGUGGAGGGCUUCCAGCAAGAGCUCACCGACAUCGCGGCGCAGAUCACGUCCCUGGCCACCCAGUACAAGACGAGAUCCAAGGAGCUCGCGGACACGAAGGACGAGCUGCAGCAGCUUGAGGCGCAGAGGGCCAUGGCGGCCCACGCGGCUGCGCAGCAGGCAUCCGAGAACACAGACAUAUCAGAGAUGGCCUACGCGGCGCUGCAGGCGAAGAUACCGCCAGGAGGAGUCGCCCCGCCAGUGCUGCAGGCUAAAGUGCAGGACCUGGCCAACACCUUCGACCAGCUCAAGAAGCAACACGAAAGUGCAGUGGCGGACAGCGCAUCGCCGUCGCCAACGCCGACCCCGCCGCUGCCAGCGCCCACCCGGCCUCCACCGCCCUUUUCGGCACCAACGCCAGAGAGUCUGCAUGAUGGAAUGGCCAAACCAGUUGGGCCAGACUCAGAGGAGGAGGACGAGGCCAUGGCCUUCGUGGGCUGGGGCAGCGGCGACAAGCAUGCCCUGGGCGAGGUCGCCGACAUCAUGGAGCAGAAGGACGAGGAGGCGGCCAAGAGACCCCGCGAGGCCACAAACGCUGGUGUCUGCCUGGAGGCCCCAGGCCUGCCGAAGGCAAGCCCCAUGAGCACGUAUUUCCUCGCCUCCGAGGGCCCAUGCAAGACCAACCUGGGCCUGUUCGCAGGCAUUGCGGUCCACCGGGACAGACUCCGCCCACCUAUCAUCGCGGCGGGGGAUUUCAACCUGUCCCCCGAGAAGAUCGAAUUCACGGAUGUGUUCAACAGGGCUUCUCUGAAGAUUGUGGCCACCUUGGACCACUGCUACUUCACAGUGGUUAAGGACCUCGAGCAGUCCCUCAGCUGCCUCACGGACAUCCCUCUCAGACAUUCUGCGGUCCACACGGACUACAAAGGCGCCACUGACCUUUUCCAGUCUCCUGGGUACCCCAGGAAGAACCAACACGCUGGGUUCAAGGUUCUGGCGGGCAAAGCUGUCGCGCCGCCGCCUACUUGUCUCGUGAAGGUGAAACCCCCAGGGCCCGUGGGCGAGCUCCACCGCUGGGAAUCUAUGCGCGGCACGUUCAUUUGCACCCUAUGCCGAGUCAGGGCAAAGACCCAGGACCAGUACCUCAAGCGUCUGCCCCGCGCGCCCCGUCGCCACGGGGGGGCCGCGCCGGCGGGCCGCCGCGGCUCCGGCGGCGCGGCGGCCUCCCGGCCGGACUCCGGGGCGACUCUGCGAUCCUCUGCCUCGAUCCCUCCCGCGGUCGUCCCGGCCGUCGUCGGCGGCGCCCACGCCGCAGAGGGCCAGCUGCGCCCUCGGGCCGUGUGCGGCGGGCACCCCGCGGGGCGGCGUCUUCACCGGCGCUUGGUGCGGCUAGAGCGGGAGCUCGGGCUGGGCGAGAGCCCAGCAGGCUACCUCCGGGAGAGGCCGAACGCCAGGCGUCGGUGGCAUCACCAAGACCAGCAGGAGUGGAGCCCGAUGCGAACGCGGGAGGCCGUCGCGGGGAUGAUCCUGCGCCGGCUCCGCGCCAACCGGCUGGAGGUGUUCCGCCCCCGCGACUGCGCCGGCCGCUUCUGGCGCCCGCCCCGCGCCCCCGCCGCGGCGGAGCCUCGGCACGCGGAGGAGCGCGGCGUGUCCCUGGAGCACGCGGCUCGCCUGAGCGAGGCGCUGGCUACCCCAGAGGCUCGCGCGGGGGUGCUGCGCAGCGGGGUAUACGCCUCGGGGGGGCGGCACAGCGCCGUGGCCGCCGUCUGGGGCGGCGCCGGGGGCAGCCGCAGAGUGAGAGUGAGGCAUGACGUCGUGGCCGUCGUCGAGGGCGGCGUCAAAGGCGGCGUCGGAGUCGGGGGAAACAGGGGAGACACGAGGCUGGACGUCGGGUUGAGCGUGGGGCGAGGCAUCGAGCUGGGCGUGAGGCUGGGCAUCGGGCUGAGCGGCGUCGUGCUGGGCGUGGAGCGAGGCGUAGCUCUCGGCGCCAGGCCGGGCGUCGGGUGGCGGCAGCGCGGCCCGCUGUCGCUGCCGCUGCCAUUCAUCUCCGUGCUCACGGAUCCUCCGCUGUUGAUCGCUUCGGGCGGCAGCCGCGCGGCCACCAGCCCCACGGGCGGCAGGGCAGCGCCGGCGGCGCCAGCGCGCGCGGCGCCCGCGGCGCCCGCGGCACCCGCGGCGCCCGCGGCGCUCGCGGCGCCGACGCGCCCAGCGCCCGCGGCGGCAGUGGCGGCCAGGGGGCCCACGGAGGCGCUGGCGCAGCCGCCGCGGCGUGCGCCCGCCACUGCAGCCGCCGACGGCUGGCCCGGGCUUGCAGGGAUCUCACGGCGAGGCGAAGGCGGUCAGAGCGCGCAGCCUGGCCACGCCGCCCAGUCUGCGCUGGCCAACCUCGAGCCCUGA